CAGGUAUGUUUUCGAUGAGGUUCAGGGGUUCGAGGAAGAUGAGUCUAUUCCCUGUAGGAGAGGCUGCUCUGGGCAAUCUGGGCCUUUCUGAGGACGACAUCAGGAAUGAGAUGGAAAAUGAGGAACAUAACUUGGUCCAAGAGCUGGUUGCUAUGUCAACGAGGGACAGAAUCAAGGCCAUCCGAGACCUCCCUAUGAGCUUUGAUGACAAGAAACACAUCAGGGGCCAAGUGUUGGCGUUGAAAUCAUUCAAAAAGUCCCGGCAACUGAACUGCUUUUCAGACUGCUCGACGACUGUCUCACUGGCGUUCCGYAGGUGCGGUGCUAACAUGACUUUAGCCAGGCAGACCCUGGAACUGUGGCGGGGUACCAUGAAGGAGGUCGGGGGUAAAUUUGGCACGGGGGUCCUCUCCUACUUCAAGUUCCUAAAAUGGCURCUGAUGUUCAACAUCUUCUCCUUCCUGGUCAACUUUGGUUUCAUCACCAUCCCCCAGCUCAUCUUUCACCCCACGCCAGACAUCCCCGCUGGGGUCAGCUUCAGRGGGCUAGAGAUACUGACCGGAGCGGGUUAUUUCAGCCACACAGUGAUGUAUUAUGGCGGCUACAGUAAUAAAACACAAGGAACAGGGGGCUGGCCUAAGUACAACAUGCAGCUGGCCUACUUCUUCACCAUAGCAGCCUACAUGGUGUUGUGUGGAGCCGCCCUCAUCUACAGCAUGGCCAGCUCGUUCAGGAAGAGAGAUGUCCUUGCAGACUCAGGCUUGGGUGGAGCCUGGCAGCUCCUGUGUAGCUGGGACUUCAGUGUGACUAACGAGAAAGCCGUACGACAGCGCAAGAACAACUGCGCAUCCAACUCAAGUAAUGUUUCCAUUCCCCUCCAGGAGUCCUUAUCAGAAAAGGUCCAGGUGGCCCUGCUACCUCUGACAGAGAGGCUGAAGCACUAUGUCUUCCUGGGUACCUGGCUCCUCACGGGCAUGGCCUUGGGCUGUGGCGCCAGUGUCUACUUCCUGUGUCAAUAUGACACAUCGUCAGCGGACAAAGCUUCCGGCUCUCUCCUGGAGGAGGCCGCUACUCUCCUCCUCCCCUUUGUGGUGUCCCUGAUCAAUCUGGUCGUCCCUCUCUUCUACUCUCUGUUCAAAAAGAUAGAACACUACUCAACCCGCAUGCAGGUCUAUGCCAUCAUAGUCAGAAAUGUCAUUCUCAAGAUGUCCAUUCUGGCUAUUCUCUGCUACUACUGGAUGAAGGAUGUGGCCAAUACAUUUUCAUGCUGGGAGUCCAUCGUAGGACAAGCCUUGUACAGACUGGUGAUUAUGGACUUCCUCUUCGUAAUGUUAGGAUCCUUCUUUGGAGAGUUCUUGAGCAAUGUCAUUGGGACUAAAUGCAUACAGAGCCUGGGAGUUCCAGAGUUUGACGUUGCCAGGAAUGUCCUUGACCUGAUCUAUGCACAGACCCUGGCAUG